AUGUCACCACAGGACCAGCUGGAGCCUCGCGAGCUGGAUGAGCUCUACAUGCACCCUAGCCCAAACAGUGUCGCGAUUGCUCGGAAACAAAGGGAAACAACGCCUGACUUGGGCGAUGAGGCGCCUCACUGGCUAGAGGAUCGUGCUCUUGUCACGAGGAAGGAGGCGAGACACCAAGACGGCAAGCCGACUGUGUUCUCCACGACGACGGUUGUCAGCAGCCUAACGACAACCGUCGGGGAGGGCACGACCUCAACAGCAACCGUCAACACGAUCAAGAUCGUGACAACCUUGAGUGUCAACACGAGCGUCCUCACCGAGCAAAGGGCUGUUGACACCAAAGCAAAGACAAAUUCCAGACGCUGGCACAAUUACAUCCAUGAUCACAGUCAUCUCGCGAGUUCUGGUUACAUCAGCACCGUCACCAGCCCCAGUGACCGACACCGCUCGAUCACUGUCGACAGUCACCAUCACAUCACCAAUCAUCCCAACUAUUACUUCAACCCCGCGCACGCCUCGCCCCCGAGCAUACGUGUCGUAGCAGGCCUCGUGGUCGGCGCAGUUCUCAGCGCUCUACUGCUCGUGUCGCUUAUUGCCUUGUGCCUGAGACGCAGGCACAGGAAUCGGUCCAGUCCUACGCACGUGGAUACAAAUGGCGAUGAAAUUGGCUUCCCGGCCACUGUUGAGGCCGUACAAUUCGCUACUACUGAGCUUGUAAGAGAAGGCUUCGAUACCAACCUGGCGCCACCGACGAGGGUAGUCCCGCAUGGCACGGCUCAGGGGUUGUCAGGAGAAGUACGCUUGGUCGACAGUCCAUUGUCUUCUCUAAGCCCGAGAUGUAAUGCCGAGCAUGCCAUCAAACAUGGCAGCGCAGCUGUCAAGCCGAGCAUGCCGUCGAGCAACAAGGUGUUCCAGGAGAUAUGGGAAGAACUGAGCCUGCACGAGACCGACACAGCGUCGCCUCGAUCAAGCCAUCCGUCCGCUCUUCCAGCGCCGCUGUCCUUGGCCCGGCCCCAGGAUCAUCACAGUGUACGCUUGUCUGGGCAUAGCAACAUCACCCAGGGCUGCAAGACAAGCGACCGUCAAAGCAGCAUCGUCCACAGCCCAGAGGAGGCAGGACGGUCCGGCAUGCUCGGCGGCGACGGCAUCACGCCAUCUACACGACACCAUGGAGGGUGGAACAGCAGCAGCAGUAGCAUUCUGGAACCAGCUGAUAAUAUAGCAGUGGCAAGCAAGCUUCCCACCUUCAAGAAGCGAUGGGGUCGCGUCUGGCCGGAAUGGCUUGAGAUCCAGGGGUGA